AUGCGACUCACCAGAGCCGCCGUCGCAGCAACCUCGCUCGGGGCGGCCGCCGCACUCCCUCGCGUCCUGUGCUGCCACGGCGGCGGGACGAACGAGGCGAUCAUGCGCGUGCAGACCGCCAAGCUGAGGCGCACGCUAAAGUCGGAGGCCGAGUUUGUCUUUGUCGAGGGCGCGCUGGAGCAGACAUACAUCGACCCUGCGGUCGCCGCGCGCUUCGACGGCCCGUUCCUCAGCUGGUACGAUGUCGAGCACGACGCCUACGAGGGGACGCGCGAGCCGGCUGCCUACCUGCGGGCGCUGAUGGACGAGAGCGUCACGGUCCGCUACCCUCACGCCGAGGAGGCGAUGACGCGGCUCGAGGAGGCAGUCGAGCGGCACCGCCCAGACACGCUGCUUGGCUUCUCGCAGGGCGCAAUCCUCAUCACGCUGCUGACCGCCGCGCACCUCGCCGCCGGCCGACCGCCGUCGUGGAGCCACAACGUCCUCGUCUGCGGGAUGCCGGUCCGCGCGAACGCCUUUGCGCCCCUCUUCUCCGCGCCGCUCGACUUCCCGGCGACGGUGGCGCAGGGCCGCGACGAUCCGUUUUACGAGUGGUGCCGCCAGCUUGCGGGGCAGUACGCGUCGGCGGAGUACCUCGAGUUUCCCGACGGGCACCGCUUCCCGCACGGGCAGGCCGACACCGACGCGCUCGCCGACAGCGUGAGGAGAGGGCUCCCGCACGGCGCCUUAGUGUUGACGACUUAG